AUGUCAGUAAAACUUAGAGAACUUAUUCGAAGCAUUCGAAACUGCAAAACCGCGGCAGAGGAAAGAUCAGUUGUUGCUAAGGAGUGCGCUCUGAUUAGAACAGCUUUUAAGGAAGAGGACAAUAUUUAUAGACACAGAAAUGUAGCUAAAUUGUUAUUUAUAAAUAUGCUAGGAUACCCUACAUAUUUUGGUCAGAUAGAAUGCUUAAAAUUGAUAGCUUCAAAUAAAUUUACGUUUAAAAGAAUAGGAUAUUUAGGGUUAACCAUUUUGUUAGAUGAAAAUACGGAUAUUUUAAUGUUAGUAACAAACUCUAUUAAGAAUGAUUUAAGAAAUAGUAAUCAGUAUAUUAAUGGACUAGCUUUAUGUGCAUUAGGAAAUAUUGCGAAUAGUGAAAUGUGCUCUUCUUUAAGACAUGAAAUUGUUGAAAUGAUGAAUAUUAACAAUCCAUAUAUUAAAAAGAAAGCUGUUAUGUGUGCAAUACGUAUAUUAAAGAAAACAAAUGAUAUUGAAGAGUUAUUCAUUGAAAAAAUUAGUAAUCUGUUAGAUGAUAGAAACCAUGGGGUUUUAAGUGCAGGUGUAACAUUAAUGUUAACAUUAAUAGAAAAAAAUCCACAGUAUAAACAUAUCUUAAGAGUAUAUACUAGUAAAAUUGUGAAAAUUUUAAAAAGUUGUGUCAUGUCAGGUUAUUCACAUGGAGCUGAAUAUGAUAUAUAUGGUAUUAAUGAUCCUUUUCUUCAAGUGAAAAUUUUAAAAUUGUUAAAAUAUUUGAAUUGUGAGGGUACAGGACGUAGUGGUAAUUCCAAUAAGCAGAACAGAGGAUCUAUAAAUAACAGAAAUGAUGAAUGUGACAAAAAUCAGUCGAGUAAGAAUUUCACAUCUGAUGAAUUCAUGACAAGACAGGACGUGCAUGCACACACGGAGGGGAAGGUUACAAACAUGGAGGGUACAUAUCAUGACGUUAAUAGUAAUAUAAAUAAUAAUAGUAAUAUUAGUGAUAGUUAUAAUAGUAAUAGGAAUAAUAAUAUUAGUAAUAAUAAUAUUAGUAAUAAUAAUAAUAGUAAUGUUAGUAAUAGUAAUGUUAGUAAUAGUAAUGUUAGUAAUAGUUUAUACGAUAUGGACGAAGUGAAUUCAGUGUUAGCGCAAGUAGCAACAAACACCGAUUCUUUGAAAAACGUUGGUAACGCAAUAUUAUACGAAUGUGUUAAAACUAUUACGUACAUUUCGUCAGAUCCUGGUUUGUUAGUACUAGCUGUAAAUGUGCUAGGAAAAUUUUUACAAAAUAAUGACAACAAUAUAAGGUAUGUUGGAUUAUGUACUUUACAGAAAUUAUUAAAAAAGGAUCCAAAAACAUUACACAUAUAUAGAAAUACUAUAAUAGAAUGUCUAAAAGAUCAAGAUAUAAGUAUAAGGAAAAAAGCAUUAGAUGUUGCCUUUGCACUUAUAACAAAAGAUUCAUUAAAAGUUAUGAUUAAAGAAUUGUUAAAUUACUUACUAGUUGCUGAUAUGGAAAUAAAAAGUGAUAUUGUUUCUAAUAUAUGUGUAGCUGUAAAUAAAUAUGCACCUAAUGUGCAGUAUUUGUUGGAUACAUAUAUAAAACUAUUUUGUCUAGCUGGAAAUUUUAUACAAGAUCAUAUUAAAGACGAUUUUAUUUAUUACCUAUUACAAAAUCCAGAGUUCCACUCAUAUGUCGUUUUUAAAAUAUUUUUUUCAAUAAAAGAAAAUAUAGAUCAAUAUGCAUUAAUACAAGUUGGCAUAUGGUGUAUUGGUGAAUUAGGAGACAUAUUAAUACAAGAAAAGAAUAUCGGACCCGAUGAAGAAGUUAUUACCGUAACUCAUGAUGAUGUAUUUAAUUUAUUAGAAAAAAUUGUAAAGACGUAUGAACGAAACGGAAUUAAAGAACUUCAUAAUAUUAAUAUAAAAGACCCAAUCCAUAAUAUUAUAUAUAAUAAAUCUCUGAACAUCUUAGAGGAUAAUUCUAACAUCGGUAAUAACAGCAACAGUAACAGUAAUAGGAACAGAAGUAAUAACAGUAAUAGUAAUAUUCAUAGCAGUAAUAAUAAUAUUCGUAUUAGUAGCUGCGGUGGGAGUGCUAACACAAAUGCCUUCAUAUGUUGUAAUAUUAACGAAAAUGCAAAUAACGACGAUAACAAUAUUAUUAUGCAGUAUAUAUUGAUGUGCUUAAAUAAGUUGACUGUAAGAUUUCCAACUCAAAAAAAUAAAAUAGAAAAAAUUAUACAAAGAUAUAAAAAAAAUAAAUGUAUAGAAAUACAACAAAGAGCUUGUGAAUUUCAUGCAUUCAUGAAUCCACAGUGGGAUGAUAUUAGGGAAGACAUCCUAUUACGUAUACCUCCAUGUACUAAAAAAGUUAACAGAAGGAAAAAUACAAAUCAAGAAGAUGUAGAUCCAUUAUAUAAUGAUACAGUCAUUGAUAGUUCUAAUAAACAAAAUGCGCCUACUGAUGUACCGAAUGAUGCUCAGUCUAAUAAUAGUGCCUACGUCGACUUACUAGAUCUUGAUGAUGUUCUGGGAAUACAAAGUACCGUUAGCAAAAAUGAUGAUCCAAACAAUUUUAGAAGCACAAACUGUAUUAGUAACAUUAACAAUUUUAGCAGCAGCAGGGAACAUACUACUUUUCUCAUGAAGGAUAACAAUAUAGAUAUGAAUAAGACAUCCAAUCCAGAUAGUAACCUGAACAUAAAUGAUUCACAUUUUAACAAGGUAGACACAUUAAAUAUUAGUGAUACGUUCAAAAUAAAUAACUCUCCUACAAAGGAUAAUCCUACCAUAGAUAAUAUUGUCUCGUGUGACUCUAUUCAAAAAAUUGAGAAUAAUUCUGAACUUGUGCAUAAAAAAAAUGAAGAUAUUUUGGCAGACCUUUUCGGAAGCAUUUCAAUUGAUCAGCCCAAAGAUAAUAUGCAAAAUGGCUCAAGCCAAAACGGCAAUAACUCCGUAAACCUUUUGGACGAUAUACAAACUGUGGAGCACGGCGAUAUUCUAAACCUAAACUUAAUUGAUGACAAAUCAGAGAAAAAGAAAGUUCUAAUACAACCAAUGAAAAUAUACGAUAAAAAUAAUAUUGAGAUGAGCUUUCACUUUGAAAAGGAAGACUUAGACUCAGAAAACACCAUUAUCAAAGCUACCUAUUCUAAUAAAUCAAGCUCGUUAAUAUCGUCCUUCAUCUUUGAGGCCGUUGUUCCCAAUUACGUGAAGAUGGAAAUAUUGGCAGCAUCCUCCAGAGAACUGCUGCCUUUUAAAGAAAAUAUAAUUAAACAAGAUUUGAAAAUUGUUAAUAAGCUCUUUAAAAAGAAACCUGUACUUAUGAAAGUUAGGAUAUCAUAUACCAAGAACAACGAGAAUUUUCAGGAUUUCAUUAAUAUAGGCAAUUUUCCGGAUGCUUUAUAA